UGCGGGCCGGCGUUCCGGUCGGGGACAGUGGGAUAGCGACGACGGGCGAUUUACGGGAUUCCGGGGACCGAUCGGCCCUUCGGGAUGCGGGGCCACUGAAAUGCGGACCCUCCUUCUCGGCCUGGCUCUCCUACUCCAAACAUGGUGGGUAUCUGGGAGCGAAGUUGUUCUGGAACCAAUGCAGCUGUGUAGAAAAACCAGACGGCUGAAAGGGCGGAUGGGCGAAAUUUGCAAAAAGGAACCAGCACUCCUGAAAGAAAUCAGCCGUGGGUAUCAGCUCGGAACUCGAGAGUGUCAGUUCCAGUUCCGUAACAGGAGGUGGAACUGCACUACCGCCAAAAAAAGCUUGAAAAAAGUCCUAUCAAGAGAUACAAGAGAAUCAAGCUUUGUGAGUGCAAUUACAGCUGCCGGAGUGACAUACUCAGUGACGAGAGCCUGCACAACCGGUGAACUCAUUGAGUGUAGUUGUGACAAAACUUUCAAAGGAGAAGCAAGUCGGAUGGGUGCUGAGUUCGGGGAACGUAGCUGGGAGUGGGGUGGCUGUGACGACAACAUUAAUUACGGGUACCGCAAGUCCAAAAUAUUCAUGGACACCCCCUAUGAGCAACUCAGUGACAUCAGUACAUUAAUCAAACUCCACAAUAACGACGCUGGGAGACUGGCUGUGAAGAGGCUCAUGAUCACGGAAUGCAAGUGCCACGGUCUCUCCGGCUCGUGCACGGUGCGUAGCUGCUGGCGUCGACUGCCGGCCUUCCGGGCCGUGGGGCGGUCGCUGCGGGGGCGCUUCGAGGCGGCGGCCCGGGUGAUCCCAAGCAACGACGGGCGACACUUCAUCGCCACCGCGGGACCAUCCCCAGGGCCGGGCCGAGGCGACCUCAUCUACUCGGAGGAGUCGCCCGAUUUCUGCAAGCCGAACCGGGUCAGCGGAUCCCUCGGCACCCAGGGCCGCCCCUGCAACGCCACCGCCUCCGGGCCCGGGUCCUGCCAGAGUCUCUGCUGCGCCAGGGGGUUCGAUACCCGGCUCGUACGACAGAAGCGCCGCUGCGACUGCAAGUUCUUGUGGUGCUGUCGGGUCUCUUGCAAUACGUGUAUCACGCCCCGGUAUCUGCAUACCUGUCGCUGAAACGAACACGGAUAAAAAAGAACCGCACAAUCCUACUACAUUGAAAAAAAAAAUACUCCGGCCGUGGGGGCCGCAAUUACGGGCUACAUGGACAUACCGUCCGUUCCGGGCU